ACUAUUGGUGUGGUUUUGUGUAGACUGACUUGUUUUAUAUCCUGUCGCUGAACUUAAUGACGUCACCUCAUGUCGUGUGCUGACAAAAUCAUCUGGAAAGUCCCUCAAGUUCUACUGAGAUCUGGGCUCACGAGCACAGAAAGCGUUUUUACUCUGGUUACAUUUGAGAUUAAAGACUAUAUUUAACAAACACAUCUGAAAACUAUUACCUGAUGGAGUCACUUUGUAGAUAGUUUUAUUGUAUUAGGGAGAGAAGCUGUAGAAAGACAUUUCUCCGAUUUCCCUGAAUACACCGUUAAGCCACGCCCCCCAAAAGCAGAACUUACGGGUUUAGGGAAUGAAGUCUGGUCAGACUCUGCUGUAGUGAACUCUUUCCUAGCAGAGAGAAAUGGGUCUAAAUCAGCUGGUGACGAGGUUUUCUCUUUUAUCUGUUCUUGGACUUUUUUCGUUUAAAGCUUAUCCCACCGCUCAUGCUGAGCCGGUCGUGGCCUCUGCUGGUCAGAGUGUGAUCCUGCCCUGCAGUGUGAAGAUCUCAGCCACAGAUGACAUCCAAACAGUGGAGUGGUCCAAGACAGACCUGCAGCCAGUCGUAGUCUUCUUGUACCGCGACGGCUGUGAGACCUUUGAGAUGAAGGAUCUGGACUUUGCGUAUCGGACCAGUCUGAUCAUGAGAGAGAUGAAAAACGGGAAUGUCUCCUUAAGGAUCUCCAACGUGAAGCUGUCUGAUGCAGGAACGUACCGAUGCCUAAAGAUCCUGAAGAAUGGCACCAGAGAGGAGAGCAGCGUGGAGCUGGUUGUUGUUGCAGCGUCUGACCUGAAGUUGGCGCUGCUUUCUGCUGACACCAUAGAAGUGACUGUGGAGUGUGAGGCCAGGUGCUGGUGGCCGUCUCCACAGAUGAUGAUCCAGGAUGAAAAUGGAAACAACAUCACUGAUAAAAAACCCAGAGAAGAGCAAACAGGAGGAUGCUUCAGCGUGAAACACAGAGUCAAGCUGCGGAAUCACACCAGCAGAGUCGUGUGCAGAGUUCACCAGCCAACGGUGAACCAAAGCAGGACUGCAGAGAUCUUCAUCCCAGAUAUCUGGAUAUAUGACAACUUAAAGACCCUCAUCUCUGGUGCAACAGCAACGGUAUUUUUAGUAGGUAUAGCUGCUGUAGGACUACUGUUAUGCGGGAGCUAAUGCAGCUCUGAGAUGAUGACGUUGUCAGACUCAAGUGGUUCAUUUAUGGCAUCUGAAAGUCUGCUGGACCUGUUGAAUUUAUUGGAGUCCCAGAUGGAAGAGGUGGCUGACCUCAAGCUGGAGAACAGAAGGAAAGAUCAAAUCAUC